AUUAUUUUGUCGAACAAAUUUCAAGAAGACAACAUAUAUUAGCUCAACGUCUAACAAAAUUAACUGAUGAUCAUCACAUGUUGCUCCAAAGGAAACCCGCCAAAAUUCCAUCUUUAUCAGACAUUAUCAAUGUCUCCUCCGGUGCUCUCACUCCUUCCAUCAACAAAGCUUCUUCAUUGUUCAACACCGGAGACAAGACGAUUCCACCACCCGAACUGGGUAAUUCUCUAGAUGACGCUACUUACACGAAACUGAUUCUAUCAUCCACGCAAUCAGGCUGUUCAGCUCACGGGAAACUCGUUCAAUCUCAUAUGGUGAAAACAGGUUUCAAUCCUACCUUAUUUCUACACAACACACUUCUUAACAUGUACUUCAAAUGUAACGAAUCAGACUUAGCUCUCCAACUGUUCGAUGAAAUGCCUGAACGAAAUGUCGUUUCUUGGAAUUCAUUGAUUUCCGGAUACACUCAAUUAGGUCAGUACAUUUUCGCAAAAGAAGCCUUUAUCAAAGCUAGAACCACAGACGUUAACCUCAGUAAGCACACAUUAGCAAGUCUGCUAAGCAUCUGUGCUCAAACUGGUGAUUUGGAACUAGGAAAAGUCAUACAUAGCUUGAUUAUAGUAACUGGUGUAGGCAUAGAUGCGUUUUUAACCAAUCCACUUAUUGCUAUGUAUUCUAAAUGUGGGAGAAUAGAUCAAGCCCGUAUCACAUUCAACAAAUGUAACCAAUUAGAUGACGUUUCUUGGAACUCAAUGAUUUCUGGUUAUGCUAAAUCCAAUUUACACAACGAAAUGCUACAAAUUUUGGUCAAAAUGCAUCAAUGUGAAGUAAGAUUUAGUAGCUAUGUAUUGGGUAGUGUUCUUAAAGCAUGUUGUUCGAAUUUCAAUCAUUCUUUAAUAUGGGGGAAGUUGUUACACUCAUGUUCCAUAAAACUCGGUUGGGAUCUUGAUGUUGUGGUGGGGACCGCAUUACUCGACAUGUAUUCUAAAAUUGGAGAAUUAAACGAUGCAAUUUCAAUCUUUAAUCUUCUUCCCAACAAGAAUGUUGUCAUGUGUAACGCAAUGAUUUCUGGGAUGCUCAAAUUCGGGAACAAAUCAUUGAAUCUUUUUCUUGAAAUGCAAAGGAAUGGAUUUAGGCCUUCUGAAUUUACAUUUUCUACCAUGAUCAAAGCUUGUAUCAUAUCUGAAGAUUUUGAAUUCGGGAAACAAAUCCAUGCACUUAUUUGCAAGAACAAUUUUGAGAAAGAUAAAUACAUAGGGAGUGUUCUCGUUGAGUUCUACUCCAAAUGGAGCUCUAUGGAGGACGCGUUACUCUGUUUUAAAUCAACAAAUAAGCAAGAUAUAGUGACAUGGACAUCAAUGAUUGUGGGUCAUGCUCAAAAUGGUGAAUUUGAAAAGUCAUUGAUUCUUUUUUGCAAAUUGCUUAGUUUUGGAUUGAAACCAGAUGAGUACACGAUUUCAAAUGUGUUGAGUUGUUGUGGGAAUUUGGGUAGUGUGAGAUGUGGUGAGGGGAUUCAAUGUUAUUUGGUGAAAGGUGGAAUUGGUGAUUCCGGAGUUGUGUUGAAUGCUUUGAUACAUAUGUAUGGAGAGUCGGGUGAUAUAGAGAGUGCAAAUCGGGUGUUUGAGGUGGCUGAUAAAUGUGAUGUGGUGGCAUGGAGUAGUAUGAUUUGUAGUAGUGCACAUCAUGGAUCUGCUAAAGAGACUUUGAGGGUUUUUGAGAUGAUGAUAGAAAGUGGGAUUGUGCCUAAUGAUGUGGCGUUUCUUGGAGUUCUUACUGCGUGUAGUCAUGGAGGACUUGUUGAGGAAGGACUCAGAUAUUAUGAAACUAUGAAGGGCGAAUACGGUAUUUCACCAACGGAAAAGCACUGCGCGUGUAUGGUAGACCUAUUAGGGCGUGCCGGAAGGCUAUCCGAAGCCAAAACUUUCAUCAUGAAUUCAAAUUUCAAAAAUACACCGGUGAUGUGGCGGGCCCUACUAAGUUCUUGUAGGAUUCACAAAAACACGGAGGUUGGAAAACAAGUAGCGGAAACAUUAAUCGAGUUGGAGCCGGAAUCAUCUUCUUCUUAUGUCCUUCUUUACAACAUCUACACUGACGCCGGAAUGGAAUCGGCAGCUAUAAAAAUAAGAGACUUGAUGAGUACCCGAAGGAUUAAAAAGGAACCGGGUUUGAGUUGGAUUGAGGUAGGGAAUCGAGUGAGUUCAUUUUUGGUUGGUGAUAAAUCGCAUCCACAAAGUGAAAGUAUAUAUGUGAAGUUAAAUGAUGUGUUUGAGAAAAUUAAGAAAGUUGGUUAUCGAAAUGAGAAAAAGGGGAAUGGUUUUAUGGUGAAUCCGCAUAGUGAAAAGCUUGCGGUGUGUUUUGGUUUGAUUAGUUUGGGUCGAGGUGCUCCUUUGAGGGUGAUGAAGAAUUUGAGAGUUUGUGAAGAUUGUCAUGUUGUAAUGAAGUUGAUAUCGAAAGUUGAAAAGAGAGAAAUAGUUUUGAGAGAUCCGAUUCGGUUUCAUCGGUUUAGAGAUGGGAUUUGUUCUUGUGGGGAUUAUUGGUGAAAGAUUUAGUAAUUCAUUAUUGAAGGGUU